AUGUAAGACCGAAAAGGAAUAAAAAAGGAAAAAGGGUAGAAAAGAAAAAGAAAGGGGAACGGAAAACGGACAGAAAGCAAAUCGGCAGUUGCGGUUGCAAGGUCGCGCGUCGGCUUCUUCUUCUUCUCCUUCCUCCCGCGCUGAAUUGCCAUUUGCCAAAGACCAACAACAAAAGAAAAAACAAGUCGCUUUCUUUUCCUUUUCCUUUUUCUUAUUCUUCUUCUUCUUAUUAUGUCAUUCUCCUACCUAUCCAUCUCUGACAUUCCACCUCUGCUCUGCUGCAAUAAAAACUAGUUUGCCCCUUCUCUUCAUUUCAUUUUCUUCCCUUCAUAUUAUUCGGAGAAAAAUUGAUUACCCAUUUUCUUGGCCAUUGUAUUUUAGUUAAUUGACCUCUUCAAUUCAAUAUCCCUGCUGUGCUGUCUUCCCGCAUUCUUUUUAUCUUCUUCCUCGCGUCAGUCUUUUCUGUAUUUACAGACAAGAGGGAAACCCUCCUUUUCCCUUUCAUCAUCUUCUGUUUUAUCCAUCUCCAAACCCUCCUUGUUGUCUACCGUUUUUCUCCACCCUAAAAAAAGAAUGGAAAGCCUGCAACUUUUUGGUGCCUCUUUCGCAUGAGCUGACCAUCUCGUCAUCUCUCCUCUUGUUUAUCUGUCACCUAUUUUGGGGAUCUUAUUUCUUCUUCUUUCGUCCUUCUCCCAUGGCGGUUGCUGGUUCUUAAGGAAGGAGAGUGUGAUUUGAGAUGCCUGGAAUUGUGAUGGAAGGAGCUAAGGAAGAAGCUGAAGUAGUAGCCACUGAAAUGAAUGGAAACUUUGCUCCAGGCAAGGAAGCCCCAGUUUCAAACCAGUCUCCUACAAACAGUGGUGGUAGAUCCAGCCCUCACACCACAGGCAUAGUAGAUAGCACUGUCCAUGAAGAGGGUAAUAAUGCUGCACAUGAUAGUGUCAUUGAUGGUGCUCAUGAUGAAAGGGUAGUUGAUACCUCAAUUGAGCAGCUAUAUGAGAAUGUAUGUGAUAUGCAGAGCUCGGAUCAAUCACCUUCAAGGCGCAGCUUCGGAUCCGAUGGUGAUGAAUCCAGGAUUGAUUCGGAGUUGCGCCAUCUGGUAGGGGGCGAGAUGAAGGAGAUCGAGAUUAUGGAAGAAGAGGAGGAAGAAGAAGAGGUAAAUACUAAACUACCUGAGUUAGAUAACUCUUCACCUCAUAAGGAGACUUCAUCUGCUGAAGUCGAGAAGAAGUCUGUUUCAUCUAGCGAUUCCAAGAACCCUACUAGUAACUUGGCAUCCGAGUCACCAUUGAGCCCUAAGGAGAAACCUCUUCUAGAUAGACCACCGAUGGAAAAAAAGAGUGGGAAGAAGAAGAAAACAGUACCUGCUAUGGCUUUAAGGAAGAGGAAUAAGUCUGUAGGCGUCGCCAGCAAGGGACCUUCUGAGUCGGGUCAGGAUAAUAAUCCGGAUCUUGGGCGGUUUCUUCUGAAACAAGCAAGGGAUUUGGUCUCUUCGGGGGACAAUAGUAACUACAACCCCCAGAAGGCACUCGAUUUAGCACUUAGAUCCGUCAAAGCAUUCGAAGCCUGCACCAAUGGCAAAUCUAGCUUGGAAUUGGUCAUGUCGCUCCAUGUUGCAGCUGCAAUCUACUGCAGCACGGGACAGUACAACGAAGCUAUCCCACUUCUCGAGCAGUCCAUCGACAUUAUUCCAGCCAUCACAAAGGGCCACCAAGAAGAACACGCUCUCGCCAAGUUUGCCGGUUACAUGCAAUUGGGUGACACUUAUGCAAUGCUGGGCCAGCUGGAGAACUCCACAAAGUGUUAUUCCACCGGGCUCGACAUCCAGAAGCAAGUUUUGGGCGAGAAUGAUCCUCGAGUUGGGGAAACUUGCAGGUACUUAGCUGAGGCCCAUGUUCAGGCAUUGCAGUUUGACGAGGCGCAGAAGCUAUGUCAGCUGGCGCUCGACAUUCACCGGGAGAAUGGAGCUCCAGCUUCCCUUGAGGAAGCAGCUGAUCGAAGGCUGAUGGGACUGAUCUGUGAGACGAAAGGAGAUCAUGAGUCAGCUCUUGAGCAUCUUGUGUUGGCCAGCAUGGCAAUGGUGGCUAAUGGUCAGGAAGGGGAGGUGGCUGGGGUUGAUUGCAGCAUUGGCGAUGCUUACUUGUCGUUGACUCGAUAUGAUGAGGCAAUCUUUGCAUAUCAGAAGGCUCUCACUUCGUUGAAGACUAAGAAGGGAGAGAAUCAUCCUGCUGUUGGGUCGGUUUUCGUGAGAUUGGCUGAUUUGUAUAAUAAGACUGGGAAGCUGAAGGAAGCAAGAUCAUACUGCGAGAAUGCUUUACGUAUUUACGAGAAGCCUGCCCCAGGGAUCCCUCCCGAGGAGAUUGCGACCGGUUUGACCGACAUUUCUGCCAUUUAUGAGUCGAUGAACGAGCUCGAGCAGGCGAUCAAGCUGCUGGAGAAAGCAUUGAAGAUAUACAGUGAUGCUCCCGGCCAACAGAGCACGAUGGCUGGAAUUGAGGCUCAAAUGGGAGUGAUCUACUACAUGAUGGGGAGUUACUCGGAAUCAUAUGAUUCAUUUAAGAGUGCAGUUGCCAAAUUGAGGACUAGCGGAGAGAGGAAGUCUGCUUUCUUUGGGAUUGCCCUGAACCAGAUGGGUCUUGCUUGUGUUCAGCGGUUUGCUAUAAACGAAGCUGUAGAACUUUUCGAGGAAGCUAAGGAUGUUUUGGAACAUGAAUGUGGACCUGAGCAUCCCGACACUCUUGGUGUCUACAGCAAUCUUGCUGGCACCUAUGAUGCCAUGGGGAGGCUGGAAGACGCGAUCAAGAUCUUGGAGUACGUUGUGCAAGUGCGGGAGGAUAAGCUCGGGACAGCGAAUCCGGAUGUGGCUGAUGAGAAGAAGAGGUUGGGAGAGUUACUGAAGGAAGCAGGGAGAGUUCGGACCCGGAAAGCGAGGUCUCUGGAGAACCUUCUUGAUAACCAUGCUGCAAACACUUCUUCUCACAAUACAACAAAUAAAGAUGUGAUUACAGUAGUGUAAUGAUGGGUUGUCAUAUACAAAAAGAAAAGAUCUGCACACGAGAUUUCAAAAGCUAUAGGAUGUAAUAUGUAAGAAGGAAAAGUGAUUGAAAAGAAGUGAAGAAAUGGUUUGGAUUUUGGGAUCUGUUGUUUUUUUAAUGUCUCUUAUCUGGUUUUUCUACCCUUGAGCCAGAGAGAGGCAGGGGGAGUUCUGUUUGCAUGAUUGCUCCUUGUACCUCUUUCUUCUUUUGUUACUUAUCAAGGGUUGAUUCCUCUUUUGUAUAAGUUAAAUUGCUUGCUGUAUAAAUUAUUUGAUGUAAAUCUGGAUCUAAAGUUAAAGUGAUUGCAUGUACUCAUUUUGAUUCUUCAAUGAAGUAAAUUUUCUAUUGCCUAUUGCA